AUGCCCAACGGGCAAGACCAGGCGGCCACUGUGCCAUUGCCCUCAUCCUCCGUCAAGCCCGUUACGGCCACUGCUGCUGGCACUGUGGUGGCUAAUGGCCAGACUCAUCACCAGCGGCAACACCACCUUUGGUUGGUUACUGGCCCUGCAGGAAGCGGCAAGACGACUGUAGCUGAGCACCUGGCGACUGCGCUCCAACUUCCGUACAUUGAGGGUGACCUUUAUCAUCCCAAGGCCAAUAUCGACAAGAUGAGCGCUGGCAUUCCUCUUACCGAUUCCGAUCGCUGGGAUUGGCUUACUGAACUACGGAAGCAGUCCAACAGCCGCAUCCACGAUGGUGCCGAGGGAGUCGUUGUUGCCUGUUCCGCUCUCAAGCUUAAAUAUAGAGACGUAAUUCGAGUGGCUGCGUACUGGGACCGCACACUCGUAAUCCACUUCAUCUUUCUCUAUGCACCCGCUGAGCUGAUCUUGGAACGUGUCGCUGCUCGCAAGGGUCAUUAUAUGGGGGCCAACAUGGUCAAAAGCCAGUUCGACAUUUUGGAACGCCCAAGGGAGGAUGAAGUUGACGUCAUCACAGUUGAUGCUAGCGGCGACGUUGAAGAUGUUAAAGAAGACGCUCUGGAGAAGGUCAGGGCAUUACUGGCUGCGGAAGGGUAA